GGCGUGAAAGCCAGUGUUGGAGGAAGGACAUGAUUCGGGCGAUGGUUGAGAGGAACGAGAGUACGUAGGCGUUUGGUGCGGCCAUGGCGACCGCUGAACAGAGGCCUCACGCAGUGUUCUUCCCUUUCCCAGCUCAGGGCCACAUCAAGGCGGCGCUGCAGCUAGCCAAGCUCCUCCACCAUUGCCAUGGAUUUCAGGUGACGUUUGUCCACACCGAGCACAACCGCCGACGCCUCCUCCGCUCGCACGGCCCCGCCGCGCUCGCGGGGAUCCCUGGGUUCCAGUACGCUGCUCUUCCGGACGGCCUGCCCCCGUCCGAGGUGGACGCGUCGCAAGACAUGCGUGCCCUACUAUGCUCCAUGGAGACCUUGAUCCCGCACUUCAGGCGCCUCGUAUCGGAUCUCCCGCCUGUGGCCUGCGUCAUCUCUGACAUCGAGCACAUCCUGUAUGCGGCCAAGGAGAUGGGCCUUCCCUGUGUCACCCUCUGGACAACGAGCGCGUGCUCCUUCAUGGCGUGCCAGCAAUGCCAACCGCUUGUCGAUAUGGGCAUUGUUCCCUUCAAAGAACCUGAGCAGCUAAGGAAUGGAUACCUGGACGACACGGUCCUGGACUGGGUGCCGGGGAUGCCCAAGGACAUUCGCCUAAGAGAUUUCCCGAGCUUCAUCCGCACCACCGACUCCGACGAUGCCAUGCUUAAAGUCGCCCUGCGCUCAAUGGCGUGCCACAGGACCACUCCAUCCGCCGUCAUCUUUCACACCUUCGACGAGCUCGAGCAAGAGGUGAUCGCGGCGAUGUCCACCAUCCUGCCACCGAUCUACGCUGUGGGGCCAUUGCCGCUCCUGUCUCACGUCCCCGCGGCCGCCGGCAGUGCGGCCACCGACAAGAUGGAAUCUAACCUUUUCAGGGAGAACAACACCUGCCUAGAGUGGCUCGAGGGCAAGCGGCCAGGCUCAGUGGUGUAUGUGAGCUUCGGAAGCAUAACAACGCUGACGAACAAACAGCUGGUAGAGCUCGCGUGGGGUUUGGCGAACAGCAAAAAAGACUUCAUCUGGGCGAUCAGAGAUGACCAGGUGAAUACUGGCGCCGGCGACCCUGCCGCCGCCGUGUUGCCACCGGAGUUCCUGGAGGAGACCAAGGGAAGGAGCCACGUGACAAGCUGGUGUCCGCAAGAGGCGGUGCUUCGGCACGACGCGGUAGGCGCCUUCCUGACGCACUGCGGGUGGAACUCUGUUCUGGAGAGCAUCAGCGCCGGGGUGCCGAUGUUGUGCUGCCCGUCCGGCGCCGAUCAGUUCACCAACAGGAAGUACGUUUGCUCCGAGUGGCGCGUCGGCUUGGAGAUCAGUGCCAACGUCGAGAGGGAUGAGGUGAGGGCGGCCAUCGUGGAGAUCAUGGAAGGGGACAAGGGAAAGGAGAUGAAGAGAAUGGCAAUGGAAUGGAAGGAAAAAGCAACCGUGGCUGCGCUGCCAGGUGGGCCCUCAUGGGUAAAUCUGGAGAAGGUGGUCAAUGAAGUACUUACUGUAUCACCACCUGCGAGCAGCAAGACAGAACAAAAUUAGAGCGGCAUGUGGCCGACAUUGGUGGUUAGUGAUGAAUGGGAAGAUGUACUAUGUCACGGUUGU